GGAGCUGUCUCACUCCACGUGGUUAUAAGGUUGUCCUUUUCGAAUUGGACUGCGCAUGUGGUGUACAAGCCCUGUGGAAAUGUUGCAAUGCCGCAUUUAGUGCCAGCCACGCCAGUCUAAACUACAAAUUUGUUAAGAAUGUCCAGGUACUCCUGUGUAAAUUCGUGUACAUUGAUGUGGAGUCCUACCGCAGGUUUAUUUUUUUAGAUUGUACAGUGUGUGAUACAGACGGGCUACUACCACUGAUAUAUACAUAUAUCAGUGAUCAGUGGCUACUACCCUCGGCUGUGUCCUUGCUAUCUCUCUCUACUCGCCCCCACCACUGCCGUACGGAUUCCAAAUGGUAGAGUUCAGUGUAUAGGUAGUGUACUCUAGAAGUGCUAACAGUAAUGGUGAUGAAGGCGUGGCGGAUUAUAAUUUUGAUUGUUGUGUCAUCAUAACGUGUAAACAAUUCUUUUUCGACCGUCCAAAGAAACCAUUAACUUCAGUCGUAUUACAAAAUUAAUAAAAAUGUCAGCAGAAAAACAAGAAUAUCAUCGAGCUUCGAACGCUGUGGUUUUUGGAGGUAUCAUUACAUACGCAGCUGGAUUAUUACUGAUUAUGGCAUACAUCAGUCCCUACUGGAUACAAUCAUACCAAGAAACAUUCAGCAGCUUUAAGCAUAUGGGUCUAUGGGAAUAUUGUUUCCACGAGUUCCGAUUUCCAUACUUUCAGUUUGAUAAAUUGUUUGAUGGAUGUCAUCAAAUCUACUCAGACGAGGUUUAUGUGAUUAGAAAAUGGCUUUUACCGGGUUGGCUCAUGUCGGUGCAGGCAUUUGCUACACUUGCUGUAAUGUUGUCAUUUUUUGGGCAAGUUGUCAUUGCUAUGAUUCUGAUUAGAUGGCCUCUUCAUUUUGUGUUACAUUAUGAGUGGCUUCUAUCCUGUAUUGCGUUUGUUUGUGAUGCUGCAUCUGGGGCUCUGUUGUUUCUGGCAGUAGCUAUUUUUGGUGGACAGUGUUGGCGUCGGGAUUGGUUAAUGUACCCAAAUUUUAAUCACUUAUCAUGGUCAUAUGGUCUUGCAGUGAUCUCUUUUAUGCUCCAUUGUGUGGGAGCAUUUUUUAUGUAUUUGGAUGCUCGUAUGGGCUAUCAGUUACGUAAAGAGUCUCGUAAUUUGGUCAUGCAAAUGCAGUCUAAUCCUCAAAGUCAUCAUGGUUCUCAACGUAGUGGAUACAUAUAAGUUAUCUUCUUGCAAGCAUACAUUAUGCCAAUGGGCAUUUACAAUUUUCUUAAAUAUUUGAUAUAACACGACCAUGUAAUUUAUGUAUCGUAUUCAAUUCUUGAUACUUUAGAAUACUGUCAUGCGAAUUCCAUGAUUAAUAGUUGAAUAUCUACGAUGUUCAAUAUACAAUAACAUUCCGUCCAACCACAGCAAUGAAUAUACAGUAACGUCCAAUUGAA